GCGACACAUGUUAUUAACGUGAAUGUUGUCACAGCUCUUUAUCAAACUGCAUGUUUAGCUGGUUUCACAGUUUGUUCAAUGGCCUCUAAACGACGACAGGAUGAGAGCAACAAAACAGAGACCAAGAGAAAGAAGAAGACCUGCGAAGAAACGGCUGAACUUUGCUCAGGUGUAGAAGACGAGCAGGUGAAGAGGGCUGUGAGGGAGGCGUGGAGCCGGAGGACUCAGUACAGCCAGGGGGAUCUGGAGCUGGACUGCCACCCUUUCCCUCACUGCAUCAUCAGGAACUUCCUCGCCAGCGAGACCUUCGUGGAAAACCUCCAGAGAGAACUGCUGGGCCUGACCUUCCACGAGAAGUCCAACGAUCUGUACAAAUUUAAGCAGUCAGAUGACUUGAGGAAGAGAACGGAGCCACAUAUCGCAGGACUGAGGGCGGCGCUGUUUGGGCGUUUCCGGUCCUGGCUCGGGGAAGUGUUGGGGGUCGAACUGGAGCCCACAGUGGAUAUUUCAUGCGCCAGAUACGAAUACACAGAUGUUCUUUUGUGUCAUGAUGAUGAAUUGGAGGGGAGGCGCGUUGCUUUCAUCCUGUAUCUCGUGCCCCCGUGGCAGAGCAGUGACGGAGGAACCCUCGAUCUUUACUCAACAGACAGUAAUUUCCAGCCGCAGAGUGUCGUGAAGUCGCUUGUACCCUCUUUGAACACACUCGUCCUUUUUGAAGUUUCUCCGGUCUCCUUCCACCAAGUGUCAGAGGUUUGGACAGAGGACAAGUGCCGUCUGUCUCUGAGCGGCUGGUUUCACGGGCCAUCUUUAGAACGUCCUCCUCGCCACAUAGAGGCCCCCGUCCCGCGGAGCCCACACUUACCAAGAGAUGAAACGUUGCUGCUGGAGUGGGUCAAUCCAGUCUACCUGGACAUAUCCUAUCAAGAGCAGGUUCAGGAGGAGUUUGAGGACAGCUCUGAAAUUCAGCUCAAAGAUUUUCUCAAGGAGGAGAAAUUCAGGGAGGUGAGUGAAGCACUGCGGCUCACUCAGAUUCAGUGGACGAAGAGAGGUCCGCCCAAUAAGAGAUGCUAUGAAGUGGCAUCUCUGGACACCCUGCCGCAGUGUGUGAGUGCAUGUUGGGAGCUGCUGCGUUCAGAGGCCUUCUUCCUGCUUCUCUCGAACUUCACCGGCCUUCGACUGCACUACCUGUGCCCUGCUGAUGAUGACGAUGAGGAUAAAGAUGAAGAGAAAGUGGAGAAGAAGGACAUAGCUGAUGGAGAAGCCACGGGGUCUUCGGCCGAUUCACAAUCAGCAAAUACAAGCAGAGAGAAAGAGCUGAGCACACCUGAAUGCUGUGGUGAGCUGCGUCGAUGGACUCAUGGCGACUACACUCUGUUGCAUGACGCAGAGGCAGCAAGAGCAGAGUACGCUCUGGACCUUGUCUUGCCUUUUUGCGGUGCAGACUGGCAGUCAGAGUUCGGUGGCUUCACCUGUUACGUUGCUAAUGAAGAGGAUGAGGAGCUUCUGACAGUGUAUCCAGAGGACAAUUCCCUCGCCCUCGUCUACAGAGACAAAGAAACCCUCAAAUUUGUCAAACACGUCAACCAUAAAAGCUCCUCUGAUUCUGAUAGCAGUUCUACCUGCAGAGCAUUGUAUGACUUCUCCUUUGUGUACUAUGAAUAA